CGGUAAUGGCGGCAGCAGCGGGGGGAGGGGGCGCUGGGCGAGUGCGCAUGUGCAGAUCUCCAUGGAGAGAAAAGGGGGUGAGAGAGCAAGAGGGAUAAAGGGAAAAAACAGGGUUUGGAAAACAAGGCUGUGAAGUGAGAGGCACAGGGGAGAAUCCAAGACCUGCUCUUCUGAUGCAUAACAGAGCAAAGAGAUGAAGGGACAGCAGAAAGCGGCUGAGACUGAAGAGGGCACUGUGCAAAUCCAGGAAGGUGCAGUGGCGACAGGCGAAGAUCCCACCAGCGUUGCCAUUGCCAGCAUCCAGUCGGCGGCCACUUUCUCCGACCCCAACAUCAAGUAUGUCUUUCGCACAGAGAAUGGCGGGACUCAGGUGAUGUAUAGGGUGAUACAGGUGGCGGAGGGGCAGCUGGAUGGGCAGACGGAGGGCACCGGCGCCAUCAGCGGCUAUCCUGCAGCACAGUCCAUGACCCAGGCUGUUAUCCAGGGUGCAUUUACCAGCGAAGAUGCUGUUGAAACGGAAGCCACAGCCACGGAGACCCACUACACGUACUUCCCCACGACAGCCGUGGCCGACACCAGCACCUCUGCCGGUGCGGGGACCACGGCCACCGCGGUGGUGACCACCCAGAACUCAGAGGCCCUCUUGGGGCAGGCCACACCCACUGGUACAGGGCAGUUCUUCGUGAUGAUGUCACCCCAGGAAGUUCUGCAGGGCGGAGCUCAGAGAUCUAUCGCGCCCAGGAAUCACCCCUACUCUCCGAAAUCCGAAGCUCCUCGGACGACCCGGGAUGAGAAACGCCGAGCACAACACAAUGAAGUGGAGCGCCGACGCAGGGACAAGAUCAACAACUGGAUUGUGCAGCUCUCCAAGAUCAUCCCGGACUGCUCCAUGGAGAACACCAAGUCGGGUCAGAGUAAGGGAGGGAUCCUCUCCAAAGCCUGUGACUACAUCCAGGAGCUGCGGCAGAGCAACCACCGCCUUUCCGAGGAGCUGCAGGGCCUCGACCAGUUGCAGAUGGACAACGACGUCUUGCGGCAGCAGGUGGACGAUCUCAAGAACAAGAACCUGAUCCUGCGGGCGCAGCUGCGUCAGCACGGGGUGGAGAUCAUCAUCAAGAACGACACCCACUGACUGGCGAGGGGCAUGGGGGGAGCGGCUGAACCCCCAGCCUUGGGGUCUGCCAAGGCACAAGGCGAGGAGGGACCCCCCCAGUCACGACUGCCCACAGGAGGCAGCUCUCGCCUGCCGAUGCUCCUGAACUGCAGCGCCUCGCUCUUGCUGUACAGACCCGAAAGCAGCAGCGUCAGCGUCCUGGGGCUGAACCCAGCGCUCGGGCCUCCCCUCAGGGCUCCCCCCGAGCCUGGCCCAGAGCCUCCCCCUAGAGCUCCCACCCAGCCUGGGCCAGAGACUCGGCCGGCUGCCCCCUGCCCCGGCGGAGCUGGUUUGAAUAAAGAAGCUGAUGCUGUC